AUGCAACAAACACAAGCACAAAAUUUUCAUGAUCCUCGAUUGAGCACUAGUUCUCAUUCAUCAUUAUCAGCAGCAACCAAUGCUCUUCUUAAUGGACUUUUACCGUCACAUCGUUUUUCUCAAAUAUCAGCUAAUACGACAGCACUUGCAACAUAUCUCACUCCAAAUCAAUUACAAGCUUUACAAAAACGUAAUAGUCAAUUAAAACGAUCUGAAAGAAUUAAACAUAUCAGUUUAACAAUGAGUUUGACUCUUAUUCUUGCCAUUCUCCUUAUCGUUACGAUUGAACUAGCAACAAAACUUGUUAAAAUUCAACGAAAACAAUUUUCAUUGAAAUCAUCUAACAAAAUUUCUAAUUUUACAACAGCGAAUAAUCAAACAAAUUUAACAGAAGAAAACAUAUAUCCCAUUAGUGCCUUUUUUACUUGUGUUUGGAUUUUUAAUAGUCUUCUAUUCAUUAAUUGUUUCAUAGUGCAUUCAAUCUUAGUUCAACGACGUUCAUCACGUCGUCGAACAACAGCUGUAUUUCUCAGAGAAUUUGGUCAAAUAUUUGAUAACGGAAAGUCAUCAUCAAAUAACACACUAGUUGAUUGUUUAAUAAAAACUUGUGCAUUAUGUUUUCUUUGGUAUUUAACUUGUUAUUUAAUUAUUCGUUCAAUGACAAUUCUCAUUUCUAUGGAAAUUAUCAUUCUUUACUCAAUAACAGUAACAUCGCGACAACUUUUUGGAUGGAUCUUUUUACAUGAGCAAUUUAUCGGUAAUAAGGUUAUUGCUUAUAUAGUUGCUUUAUCAGCUCUACUGUUUCUUGCUCAUAACGAUGGAUUUCGUUUCAAUACAUUUUUACUUGGCCUUUCGAUGGUUGCUUGUGCUGUUGGAUUGAAAACAACUUUUGAUAUCCUUGUUAAUAGUUUUGUUGAAGAUUUAUCAAAUACGACACUGAGAAUUGUAAUGAUCAAUGUGUGUUUUUGUGGAACAUGCCUUCUAUGGCCAUUUGCUUUACUUCUUCAUUUUACUCAAAUCGAACAAUUAGAGUACAAACAUAUUCGAUGGUCAUUAACUAUUGCUACAUUGAUUUGUACUCUCAUAUUCAAUGUUCUGACAAUCGUAAUUCCAUUCAAAUAUAGUUCAAUAGCAAAUGUAGCUUGCUUACUUUUGGUAAUACCUUCAACGUCUAUCAUUGAUCGUUAUUUGUUUAAUAUUAAUUAUUCACCUCUCGUUAUAUCAGCUAUUUUGUGUUCAUCUACUGCUGUUCUUCUUUCAAUGAUACCAAAAGAAUGGUUUCAAGUUAGUGAAACAACCAAAAUGAAACAAGCAUUAGGAUUACUUAAUAAAGAUUCAAAUGCAAAUACUGGUACAACAAGCACUGGUGGAGCAACAAGUGGAACAUCCUCAGCGUUUGAAGAAAUACGUGCUCAAAGACGCAUUCGUAAUGCUCUUUUAUAUAACGAGGUCAAGACAUGA